AUGGAAGUGAAAGAGUAUCGAAGAAGCGACGCUAUCGAAGAGACGCCAUCGAUAGGUUAGAAAAAGUUACGAACCUAAUGCCACGUAAUGCUUGUCACGAAAUUCGACAGCCGAAUGACUUUCCGUAACACAACUUGUCACGCAAUUGAGAAAAUAGGGUAUGUAGUGAUCUUAUCCGAAAUACGAUAAUUAAGAUAAACAUUGUGCUCGUGUUUUGAAUUUCGAGCUUCAAGGCCUUCUACGCCUUACUUUAUUUGAGAAAUGUAAUAUUUUAUUACAUUAUGCAAUAAAUUUAUUAUUUUAACUAUUGAACAUUCUUAGUAAAUUAUUGAUGAAUUUUAGUAUUGGAAUGAAGUUAAAGAAUCAAUAAAUAAGUAGAAAAUGUUAGAAUAGAAAUGUGUGUAAAAGUAUAUAAUAAAAUACGUGUUUAUAUAUAACAAUGAGUUAGCUAAUUGCAAGAUUACAAUAUUUGUACUGGUUAGAAUUGAUAUAAAUUUUGGUAUAUUAUAAAUUACUUUUACUGUGGUAUAAAUGUUUAUAUGUCAUUAUUUCUUCAAUUGUUAAAAAUAAUUGUUUGGUUAAAUCUUACCUUGAGCUGAAGCCAAAAAUCCAUGUUUUAUCUUAAAAAUUCACAAUACAAAUACAAAUCUAACAAUUAUUGAUUUAAAUUUUUACCUGAGAACUUCUGGAUGAUAUUUCGUUCGGGAUGAUUCUUUUGGAUAAUAUUUUCUUCUUUACAGACGAGGUGUGCUUCCUUCCGCCAUGCUUCCCGCUUAAAAAUCGAUCGUAAGGAAUAUCGAUUACGUUCGAGAAUCGUAGGAAGUGUAUUCCGUAUUUCACCGUUAGCGCUGUAAUCGCGUAUUUCGCACGAAAUGUUAACUGGCAAUAAAAAGUAAAAAGCUCUGGUCUAAAUUAAAUACACAAAGUUCAUUCUUUAAAAAAAAGAGAAAUUCUUUAAAAAAAAACGAAAAUAUACCUUGUCCGUGUUUCAGUCAAUGUUUUAAAUUUAUGUUCGGAUCCUAUUUCGAAUGUUUCAAUUUAUAGGUAAAAUAAAAUAUAAAAAGAAAAUUUGGAGUUUAACUAGAAGAACACAAUCACAAAAGUUUGUAAAUUCAUCCUUUUGAUUAAUUUUAUACGCGUGUGUUAGUUGAAUAGUGCUAAAAAAAAAAAUGCGACAAAAAAGUUGUCUAUCCGAUGCCAGAACCUUUUCUUUAAAUGGUGUUCAAUAGAUGACGAAUAUAUUCUUGCUGACUCCAAUAAUUCUAGUCCUAGGCCAUAAGUAGCAAUUUUAGUCAAUGACAGUAAAGUCAAACGUGAUCUCUUAUGUUUUUUAAACACUUCUUGAUGCUUCGUACUUGAUGCGCGUAGACAAAAAAAGUGAUGUAUCUUGCAUCAACAUUUCAGCAUCCACAAAUCGAAAUUUUCAAUUUUCAUAAAACUUAAUUAAUAAGAUUUAUGAACGCUUUGGCCAUUAUCUUGAAUUUUCUUUUUUGUUCUAGUUGGUCUAUAAAAUAUACAAGCAAAGAUUCACAAAUUUUGUUUAGUAAAUCGAAGCAGCCAUUCGAAUGAUCAUAUCGUAAAAUCAGUGAAUAGAUGAAUGACGUAUUUCUUUAAAUGAAUUGAAUAAACCAAUUUCUUCAAUGAAAAAUCGACUAUUCUGUUAUUUAUCCUUUUUAUUGUCAUCAUUAAUCAUGUUUUAUUGUUAUUUUCAGAUAUUAAAUAAAUUAAAUUUUAUAGCGUAUUCUUUAAUAUACAUAAUAUGACUUAUUUAUAUAAGAUUUAAAGGAUUAUUUUAAGAUAUAUCCAAAUAAAGGUAUAUUUAAGAAAUAAUAUAUUUAUUAAAAAUUAAAUUGUUUAAAUACGUAUAUUUAAUACGCAAAUUAUUUAGAUACAAAUAAAAUAAAAUCAAACGUGAAAGGAAAAUAUAUUUGAAAGAUAUUUAUUUUUAAUUUCUAUUGAAAAGUUAAAAUCUCUACAACGUGGCACACGAUGUUAUAGUAGUAACAAGUAUUGUGAAAAUCUCAUACAUAAUUUUUAAUUACAAUGUUUAUAAGUUAUAUACGGUUCGUGAAUGUUUUUUUGUAUAAUAAAUUUUAUAAUCAAGAUGAAAAUUAUACGUAAUUUUAAAAUUAUAUACAAUAUUCUACUUUUAUAGGUUAUGACUAUAUAAAUGUAUUUCUGUUCAGAAACGCUGAAGGAUUAUAAUAUCUUAUUUAACAUUUCUAAGAAAUAAUUUUUAAAAUUUCUAAGAAAUAAUAAUCUAAAUGUUUUUCAGCAAAUACAAUAUCAAAAAUAGUUUAACCUUUUUUUAUUCAAGAUUACAAUACGGUAAGCUCAUACAAAUUGUAAAUGGUAGAUAUUAAGACCAAUAAUUAUUUAAUAAUAAUGUUUUAAAUUGCCUUAUAUUUAUUGUUAUGUUAAUUUUAUAUCUAAUUUUAGUUAAUUCUUACUAUAAAAACAUGUCAGUUGAAGUUAAGAACAUUGUACAAAACGAAACAUCUGACAUUGUGGCAACUAAUAAAAGACAGAAACUUGAUGAAAAUUACGAAAUUGUAAAUAGAGUACUAGAGGUAGAAGCAGCUGGGGAUAUAGUAGAAAAGAAAAGUUCUAAAAGAAAGAACUUUGUAAUAAUGCUAGGUUAUCGUGGCAGAGAUUAUUUUGGUAUGCAGAUUAAUCGUGGUACAAAAACCAUUGAGGAGAGUUUAUUAUUCGCUUUAUUGGAAGCAAAUUUUAUUACAAAAGAUCAAUUCGAAGAUGUGAGACUGCUUAGAUUUCAAAGAGCUGCGCGUACAGAUAAAGGUGUAUCAGCAAUGCGAUAGUAGAACAUACAGAUAUGUUUUCCCUACGUUUGCUUUGGCCCCAGAGGAUCCAAAUUUUUUAAAUCUUGACAUAGACGAUGAAGUAGAUGAAGAACAACGACUUAAAGAUCUGUCUGUAAUUAAUGAAAAGCCAUAUAAUGAAUUUCGAUUAACUCCAGAAAUGCUUGAUAAAUUAAACAAUAUUUUAAAAUUAUUUGAGGGCACACAUAAUUUUCAUAAUUUUACAUCAAAAAUAAGACCAUUAGAUCCAAGCGCCAAACGUUAUAUAAUACAUUUUCGUUGUAUUGAAACGUUUGUUGCAAAUAAUAUGGAAUUUGCUGUAUUGGAAGUGAAAGGACAAAGUUUUAUGUUACAUCAAAUUAGAAAAAUGGUAUCUUUGGUAAUAGGGAUUUGUAGAAAUAUCGUGUCAAGCGAUUUUGUCAAAGAUGUAUUUUCAUUAGAAAAAUAUGACAUUCCCAUUGCACCAGGCUUAGGACUGAGUUUACAUUUUGUACAUUAUUCAUAUUAUAAUAAAAGAUAUGGGAAAGAUGGAAUUCACAAAACAUUAGAAUGGCAAGACUGUAAUGAAGAAGUUGAAAAAUUUUAUAAAGAAUACAUUCUACAAGACAUAAUAGAUACAGAAAUAUCAAAUAACAUGUAUCCUUUUUUUAUGUCAUUUCCAAAUACAGGAAAAUUUCAGUGUAAAAAUGGAGAUUGCAUAGAAAGUGAAUUAUUGUGUGAUGGAUCAGCAGAUUGUAAAGAUAAAUCUGAUGAAACAGUAGCAGAAUGUACUAAACCUGAAAUUAUAUGUCAGAAGCUUGCAUUUCGUUGUACUUAUGGUGCAUGCAUAGAUGGAGAUAAAACGUGCAAUGGUGUACAAGACUGUAUUGACAAUAGCGAUGAAACAUUAUCCACAUGUAGAAGUAUUUCCUUUAAUGGAUCUUCAUUUAAUUCAUGUGGGAAAAAUCAGUUUAAAUGUGGUGACGGACGAUGUAUUGCUGAAAGUGAUCUAUGUGAUGGUAAAAUAGACUGUGUAGAUAAUUCAGAUGAAACAAUUUUUAAAUGUAGUAAAAUUGCAUGUCCACAAUAUUUGUUUCGUUGUACGUAUGGAGCCUGUAUUAAUGGGGAUUUAAAAUGCAAUGGAGUUACAAAUUGUGCAGAUGGUUCAGAUGAAGAUCCUGAAAUAUGCAAAAAUACAUCUGAUAAAUCAUCUACUACUACUAGGCCAACAAUAAGGCCAACAAUAAGGCCUCCUAGUAUUCCAGAUUCUAUAUUUUGUACUGCACCAUCAAAACCAAAAAAUGGUUAUUGGAAAUUAGACCAAUCAUAUUGUUGUAAUGGAGAAGAUAAAAUAUGUGACAAUUGUGAUGUUCCAAGAGGUACAAGAUUAAUACCUGGACAAGAAUUAAUAUAUGGGUGCAAUUCUGGUUAUAAAUUAACUAGCAGUGCUUCAGUGUUUUGUAACAGUCAAGGACAAUGGAUAAACAUUCCAGAAUGUGAAGAAAUAUAUUGUAAAGGAUUAAUAUCAUCUUCCAGAAGUGCUGAAUAUAUGCGUAAUGGUGAAUAUGUGUUAUAUUCUUAUGUUGUUCCUGGGACAACAGCAAAAUUAAAAUGUCAUGAUGGUUAUCACGUAGAGAAAGGCUUUACAUCAACUGAUGUUAGAUGUAAUGAAACUGGUGGAUGGUUUCCAGAGCCAAUACAAUGUGUUCCAGCAUGUGGUAUUCAACCUUUAAAUUUGGUACCAGCUAUUGUAAAUGGAACAAGACCUGAUAUUUUUGAAUUCCCAUGGCAUGCCUCACUCUACCGAACGAUGAACUCCACUGCACCAAAAGAAUUUAUCUGUGGUGCAACUAUUAUUCAUGAAAGACUUCUGGUUACAGCAGCACAUUGUGUUUUUGAUGAAUCUGGAAAUAUUCCAAAAGUACAUGAUGCUUCAAAAUUUUACAUAGCUGCAGGCAAUAUUUUUAGAGACUAUGAUUCUCCUCUUCAUGAUAUCACAAUAGUGCAAAAGGCACAGGUGAAACGUAUAUACUAUAUUUGUGAAUAUAAUGCAUACAAAGGAAAUUAUGCUGAUGACAUAGCUGUGUUGGAAAUGAAAGAUACAUUUAAUUUUUCUAGUAUAUUAUUACCUGCAUGUUUAGAUGACAAUGAAUGGUUUUCAUUAUAUGAUGGAUUGUAUGGAAAAGUUGCAGGAUUUGGUAGGACUGCUGUUGGAAUAUCCAGUUUUAUUAUACAAAAAAUUGAAGUGCCAUUUAUUCCUUUUGAACGGUGCAAAACUUUAAGUAAUCAUUAUGAUACACGACAUUUUAUUACAACUGAUAAAUUUUGUGCAGGUUAUACGAAUGGUUCAGCAGUUUGUGAAGGCGAUAGUGGUGGCGGACUGGUCUUUAAUAACAAUGGAUUAUGGUACUUAAAAGGUAUUGUUAGUGUUGGUCUUGGUACAAAAGAAGAAGGAGGAAAUCUAGUCUGUGAUAACUAUGCAUAUUCUUUAUAUACUAAAGUUUCCUCUCAUAUUUCAUGGAUUCGAAAUAUUAUUUUCAAGAUAGACAAACCAUCAUUAUUAAAUCGAUGUCCAUCAUAAUUAUAUUAUAUACAUAAUUAUAUAAAAUGCUCAAUGAUUAAUUUGAAAAGUUAUUAUCUAUCUACUAAUGAUUUUUAUCAUAAAAUAUUGAGAUUGAAAGUUUAUUUGUUUAUUUUUUUUCAGCACAGCAUAUAUUGA